AUGGAGUCGAUUCCUCCAAAUUUGAGGAAACUGUGGAAGGAAUGGGAAUUCCGAGGAAUGAUUCUACUUAGCCUCACUACCCAAAUAGUUUUUGUCAUUCUGGGCAAUCGUAGAAAGUAUAUUGCCGGAGCAUGGAUCAGAAUCAUUGUUUGGACGGCCUACUUACUCGCCGAUGCGGUAGCAAUAAUGGCCGCUGGAAUACUCUCAAAUAAUCUUGGAGAAAUCUACAGGAAGGAUUCUUUUGUUCCAGAGUAUGAGCUAUUAGCUUUUUGGGCUCCAAUGAUGUUGUUACACUUGGGUGGCACAGAUGCAAUUACUGCUUACUCCUUGGAAGACAAUGAAUUGUGGAAAAGGCACUCAUUUGGACUAGUUUCCCAAGCAAUGACCACAAUGUACAUCUUCGUUUUGGCUUGGACAAGGUCUCUAUUUUCCCUACUCUUUGUUGUAAUGCUCUACGUUGGGCUUGUCAAGUACGGUGAAAGAGAAAGAGUGUGGGUUCUAUAUUGGGCAAGUGACAACAAAUUUAGGGACUCGAUUCCAGAUAUCCCUUCUAGUGAAUCCAAAGUUGUACAGGAAUGUAGAUUGAAGCAAUUGGAGGGGUACCAUCAUGAGUUUCUUGAGAUGGUCAAGCGUCUCUUUGCAGAUCUUGUAAUGGGCUUCCAAGAUGGGUAUGCAAGCAGGUCAAUCUUCGAAAACCACGGUGCGAGCAGCGCAUUCAGAAUAAUUGAGAUUGAACUAGGGCUUAUAUAUGAUUUGCGCUACACAAAGGCGAAGAUAGUCUACUCUUCAUGGGGCAUUGCUGGACGAUUCAUCGGAAUAUUUCUGACCCUCAUUGUAUUGCUGAUGGUAUCUUUGCAUGAGAGAAUACUAGUCGCAAACAUCGCCACCACUCCAAGAUUGACCGUACCAUAA